AUGGAAUCAAAAGAAGAAGAUAUACCAAAAAUGGAAAAUCCUAAAAUAGAGGUGUCUGCAACAGCAAUAUUGGUGUGUGCAGCAAGAGCUGUAGCAACCAACAAGUUUAUUCGUAAAGCAUUGGAAAGAAAUGACCAUUCCAUGAUACAAGAUGAAAUUGUCAAGAGAUACUAUACUCCCAAGUUGGAUGAUUCAACGGUUCAUGAAAACUUGGCCUACUAUGACCCAUACUCGUUUAUCAUCUUGGAUUGUGAAGGUUCAACAAGAACAUUGGAAAACUUUGUCGAGCACCAAACUGUCCCACCUGUUAAACAAGACCUAUCACAUCUAUCGUUUCAAGAACAACUGAUACUUUGGAAAGAGGUGGUUGCUGCAUUUGGCAUUCAAACUGUAUUGAGACGAACCAAACUAAUCGAUUCUCUCAUCACCAACCAUGUCAUCAACGGAGACAUUGAACAAAUUGUGGUUUUUGGAGCUGGUAUGGAUAUGCGUGCACAUAGAAUGAAGCUAGCAGCAUCUGUAACAGUCUAUGAAUUGGAUAUGCCCAAAGUAAUUGAAUUGAAAAAGAAUGAAGUAGAUCAUGCAUCCAAAGUAAUCGAACCAAUUAGUCAAUCGACUAUCAAGUACAUUGGUAUUGACUUGAGCACUAAAAAGUGGAUCGAUAAUCUUUUGGAACUUGGGUUUGAUGCCAAUAAACCAACGUUUUGGAUUAUGGAAGGUUUGUUGAUGUAUUUGAAGCCAUCGGCCGUGGACGAUGUAUUCCAAGGUAUCUCCCAAUUGUCGUGUCGUGGUAGUGCCUUGGUUGCACAUAUUUGCAAGAUGCUAAACAUGCCAUUUGGCACUCGAUCAUUCAACAACCUACUGAACCUGAUACACUCUUCCUCGUCUGAUCCAACCAAACUUAUUGCCAAAAACGCACCCUAUUUCACUUCGGUUUGUCAUUACACCUUCCAAGAUAUCGGUACACUAUUCAGUGCAGAAGACGUCGAAGACAACAAAGCAAAGCCCUCCCCAACACCAAAAAAUGUCGUCAACAACAUCGAAACCACCGAGCAACAGCCCAUUGAAGAUGACUUUAGUUGGUACGCUUUUGCCCAACAAUUCCAACAUCGUCAACAAUCUUAA